AAGUAUUAUUUGCAUAGUAUUGUCGCAGAAUGAGAAACAUAGUGCUCACGUCUCUAAUAUUUCAUCCGAAGAUAGUGUUAUCUAUAAGAAUGAUACAUGAGUGUACAUUUUGAAUGUAAUAUACAGUACUACACAGUAUAAAAGACCAGACCUUUCGACGAAACAGUGUCAAACACCAAGUUGAAGUCGAAGUAUCCGGUACUCAGCAAACCAACGAAACCAAAAUGUCUCGUUUCUCUAUUGUUCUGCUGCUGUUAGCUGUAGCCUACGUCGCAGCUGACUCCAAUUCGAAAAAAUGUCCCGAGAAUGAAACAUGGAACAUAUGCGGAGAAUUGUGCGGACCGACAUGCGAUGUCCCCCGCCCGAAUCCUCGUUUCUGCCCGACAAUUGAAUGCACACCUAAUUUCACAGGCGGCUGCAGAUGUAAUAAAGGAUAUGUGAGGAACACCAAGAAGGGUAGCUGCGUUAAAGAACAACAAUGUAACAAAUCGUAGAACUACAGUUUUCAAAUUGUCCUAAGAAAUUAUGUGCCCCGCUUAUAAUGAUGAAUAAUAAAUUUUUGCAUUGAUCAUUUCGUGUUAA